ACAAAGCGCGACGCACGUGUGCUACGGGCGGCGCUCGUUCAAAAAACUCUCAACUAAAAUCAAACAAAUGCGAAACGCGCAAAGUCGAAAAACUUUCAUAAAAUAAAAAAACAAUAUGUGAAAAAUUAAAUAAAAUUAUUAUCAAAUAGCUGAUGUGAAAAUUGUGAAUAAUUUACAAUACAAAAAUUACAUUUACUCUAACUGCAACAGUUCAGUGACAAUAGCACAAUAAAUCAAAGCAAAGCCAAAAAGUUUUCAAAACUCGCAAAAUGAGCUUCAAAGCACGUAAAUAGUUUUUGCCAAGCAGUUGUUAAACUUCUAUGAUAUAAAAUACAUACAAGUAUAUAUAAAUAUACAUUUUUGUUUCAUAAAUUUAUCAACGCGCUCCACCGCAGCCGCAAGACAAACUCAAAACAAAAACGAGCACUGAAAUUAUGUGACGACAGCUGCGUGGUGUCCAGUCGUUCGGUCAGCACGCCCCCCACACGCCCCAUACGCCCGUGCGCACGCAUCAAAUAUGGAAAACAUAUCAAAAUAUUUGAAUUUUAGCCGCAGGCAGCAUCUAAUGUGCGCUGCUGUCCAGGAUUGAAAAUUAGCCAAGCGAACAUAACGAUAGCAACAGCAGCAGCAGCAGCAGCAGCAACAACAGGCAAUAGCAACGCGAACAGGAACUGUGGCAGUAGGAGCAGCAACAGCAGCAGCAAUACCAGCAGGAGAAGGAGGAGUAGGAUUAGCAGCAGCGGCCGCACAACAAACAUGAAAGGUUACUCGAAACCAAAUGGCGGCGCCAACCGCAGCUGCCACAUGGACCAUGUCCAUGGCCGCUGUGGCAUCCUGUUAUUUGUACUGACAGCGCUGACACUAACGAGCUUAAUAACGCCCACAGAGCAGCUGACAGCGACGCCGGCGUCGACAGCAGCAGCAACAGCGAGAGCGACGUCAGCAAAUGGAACAGCAGCAGCGCCAGCCAUUAGCCAACAGUCUAUGCCCAGCGCCAGGGCCAUAGAUGUUGAGGGCGUCGAAGGCGAAGUCGACGGCGCUGGCAUUAGUUCGAUAUUGGAACUCUCCGACUACUACAAGCACAUGAAUGCGAAUACGGUAAAUGGCGACGGCAGCGGCAGCAGCAGCAGCAGCAGCAGCAGCGACGGCGGCGGCUUCAUAUUUCCCGGCUUCAAUGGCACCCUGCCGGUGGGCUUUGGCGGCGAGCUGCCCAACGGCAGCGGGCCAUACAAUCCCAUGCAGGGCUGUCGACGCGACGGCAACUUUGGCCUGGAGCUCAUCACGAUGAUACUGUAUGUGCUCGUCUGCAUUGUGGGCCUGUUUGGCAACACGCUGGUCAUCUAUGUGGUGCUGCGCUUCUCCAAGAUGCAGACGGUGACCAACAUCUACAUACUCAAUCUGGCCAUAGCGGACGAGUGCUUUCUGAUUGGCAUUCCCUUCCUGCUCUACACCAUGCAGGUGGGCAACUGGCCCUUUGGCAACUACAUGUGCAAGGCCUAUUUGGUGAGCACGUCCGUGACGCAGUUCACGUCGUCCAUCUUUCUGCUCAUCAUGUCGGCGGAUCGUUAUAUAGCCGUUUGUCAUCCCAUAUCGUCGCCGCGCUAUCGCACCCCGUUCGUCUCGAAAGUCGUGUCGGCCGUGGCCUGGACGACCUCGGUGCUGCUGAUGCUGCCCGUCAUCCUGUUUGCCAGCACCUAUGAAUCGGAGCCGAAUCACUUCACCUGCAGCAUCAACUGGCCGGAGGCGUUCAACAUACAAUCGGAGACGGCAUUCAUAUUGUACUCGCUGAUCCUGGGCUUCGUGACGCCGCUAAUCUUCAUCAUGAUCUUCUACUGCCUGGUCAUACGCAAGCUGCACACGGUGGGGCCGAAGCACAAGAGCAAGGAGAAGAAGCGCUCGCACCGCAAGGUCACCAAACUGGUGCUGACCGUGAUAACGGUGUACAUUAUGUGCUGGCUGCCCCACUGGAUCUCGCAGGUGGCGCUGAUUAGCUCGACGCCCAGCUGCGCCUCCCGACUGGAGCUGGCCGUGUUCCUGGCCUGCGGCUGCCUCAGCUACUCCAACUCGGCCAUGAACCCCAUCCUCUACGCCUUCCUCAGCGACAACUUCAAGAAGAGCUUCAUGAAGGCCUGCACCUGUGCGGCCCGCAAGGAUGUCAAUGCCCAGCUGCAGCUGGAGAACAGUUUCUUUCCCAAGUUCGGCAAGGGCCGGCAAUCGGAGCGUCUGAUUGGCCCCAAUGCCCUGGCCAACAAUAGCAAGGCCAAGAAGAAGGCCCUGGCCAACGCCCGCAACAAUAACGCCCACGUGGCCGCCACAACAACCACAACGACCACAGCGGGCACCGAUGUCAUCACCGCCAUACAGCCCAUGGCCCUGGCUCAGGCACAGGCUCAGGCACAGGCGGCGCCCACCCAGGUGACGCCCACUGCCGCUGCGCUGCUCGUCGUGAAUGCCGAGACCAACUGUAAGCCCCCGGUGCUGCACACAGACUUAUAAGAGCGGGCUGCACCACCACCACCACCAGCACCACCUGGCAUGCCGCUCGAGACGGUUGUGUUUAUAGCGCGCAGAUGAGUGCGAAUGACAGUGGAAGGAGAGGAGCCGCUGCACCAGCAGCUGGAUGCGAGGCUGGUUAGCAGACGAGAG